AUGGGCCGUUUCCCUGUCCUCUUGUCCCUCUUUGUUAGCGUAGUGUUUGCUGCACCGAGCGAGGAUUCGAAGCAAACAUGCUACUCCCAAUUGGAUGGCAAGUUGCCGUCUUUUACUCCGUCGAAUUUCCACUUUAGUGGCAACGUAAGGAGGUACUACGUUGCCGCGGAAGAGCUUGAGUGGGACUAUGCGCCUACAGGGUGGGAUCACUGGUUAGGCUAUUCAGAGUACACUCACUAUGGCACCAAAUGGCUCAAAGCGCUGUAUCGCGGAUACACCAACGCCUCUUUCAGCGAGAGGACGCUUCAGCCCCCAUUCCAAGGCAGCCAGGGACUGACUAUCCGUGCUGAAGUGGGCGUUCUGAUUGAGAUCCUGUUUGUCAAUAAAUUGAAAUAUCACUACGCGACCAUGCAUUCCAUGGGACUCGCAUACACCAAGCCGUACGAGGGCUCAGACUAUCCAAAUAACACAAUGCCCGGCGUCGGUAACACGCUACCGAUAGCAGACUACGGGCCGCCGAUGCUGGGGCCAGAAGACUGUAUCGUAUACAAAUGGAUGGUGAACGAUGAAGCGGGUCCGAGUGAUGGGCUUCCAGCAAAGAUUCGUUCAUACCAUUCAUACGUCUCUCUCGAGCAAGACGCCAACGCAGGCCUUGUUGGUCCCACAAUUAUUUACGCUACUGGUAAGAUGAACGAAACAGUGGCGUCGUACCGCGAAUUCCCCAUUCUGUACAACAGCUACGAUGAGGAUCAGUCAUUCCUCUCCGGCGUGAACAAAGCUCGGCUUGAAGGUGGCGGCUCUGCACAGUACAUCAUGCAGCAAUUCGACACGACGGGCCUGCCUGACGCGAACAUGACAGUGUGGAAGCCGCAAUUGACAAAUUUCGAGAGUGGGAGACAGUUUGAUGGUGCACCUAUUUUCUUCGCUAUCAACGGGUUCUUAUAUGCGAACAAUCCAUCAUUCGAGAUGUGUGUGGGCGAUAACGUAUGUAUCUACCUUUUCGACCUCAUAUCGCCGCCCUAUCAUACUGUUUCUUUGAACAGGUAA